CUGGAGGACGUGUUUAAUUCCAAGCGCUCUUUUACUCUUGUUUGGUAUUGUUCCUCUCAGUCAGGAUGCAAAAGUUAACAGAGGAAUAAUAAGCAACUGGCUAUAGCACGGGCUAAUGUAUGGGAAUAUCUUGCAAAGUAGGGAAUUCAGUUGAAUAUUAUAUAAACAAAUUGCAUUCGUUAGUGAGAGAAAAGCUCUCUUAUUCACCAACCCGAAGAAAAGUGCAGCCAGUAUUAGCUAGCUAGCGAACUAGCAAGCAAGCGAAGUGUGUGGUUUGUUCAGUUAAACUGUAAAUAACCGCUUGGGUUGAUCAUUUCAAAGGAUUAUACUUUUUGUGCAACGGAUUUUCUUCUUCUUUUUUCUAUUUGUUAUUUGUGGACGGAUUAUUCGCUGAGCUCGUGUCGCCGACUGUACACCUCUGGCCUGUUGUGCUUCUCUCUGAAAUGCUGUUUAUCGCCCAGUCCUUCAUCUCUGUGUACUUUAUCACUAACGUGCAGCGCCAUUCAUAUUGAGGAAAAGUUAAUCCGGAUCUGACACUAAUGGAAGGCAGACUAUAGUCUGUGUAGACUUCGUUUACAGCAUCUGGAGGAUCAUCGAAACACCGACAUGUUAACAAGCAGACGACUCAAAGCCGCUCAUCUGCUUGCGAGUCAUGUCAAAUUACACUCUUUGUUUGAGCCGUUGGGUCAAGCCUGGUUGAUUGUGUUCUCCCCGUUAUUCUGCUUCGGGAGUCAGUUUAUCAGUCGCUCUCAGUAGUUGAUCAGCCCGUUCCUCUUGUCCUGCUAUUGACUGAAGUCGCUGAGAUGAACCCGGUAAACGCCACCUCGCUGUACGUAUCGGCGUGUCGCUCUCUUCUGCAGUGCGACCCGAAGGAUUCGGAGUCAUACGAAGGGCUGUUCAACGUCCUGCCUUUCUUUAGAGACUCCCUAUCCUGUCUGGUGUGUGGAAAUUUGCUUCAGGAGCCGCUUGCUCCAAAAGACUCCUCCUGCCAGCACUGUGUUUGCAAGGCUUGCAAAGGCAAGAAAAUGCUAUUGAAGCCAUCCUGCAGCUGGUGUAAAGACUAUGAGCAAUUUGAGGAGAAUAAACAGCUCCAGAUUCUGAUCGACUGCUACAGGAGUCUCUGCGAGUGUGUCUCGGUGUGCGUCAUGACAGAGCAGAGUGCCUUGGGGGUCAAAGGUUACACUGAGGUCAAGAAGAUGCUGGAAGAGGUGUUGGGGGUGAAGCAGGAACAAGAAGAGUUUAGUUCCGUCAAAGACGCUGCAUAUGUUCCUCAUCUCAAAAUUGAGACAGACUCAGAAAACUCUGCUGACAUCAAACCCUCUGAGCAGAUCCCAGCUGAGCUAGAGGCCCCCGAGCCAGUCAGUGCAGACAAACCUCUGAGAUCUAACUCAGAACUACUCAUGAAUUCUGUCACUGUUAACGCUGUAAAGUGCAAAGUUAGUCAAGACGAAAGCGCUGAAUCCUUGCACCUCAGUGCGGAGAACAUAAGGAUCCUCGAGGACCUUGAAUCUGACAUUGCGAGCAAGGGGGUGUCUUGUGAACUGACUGAAUCAGUAGCAGAGCUAUGUCAGCACUCACAAACCAGCGACGCCCUUACGCCAGGACAGCCUCAGACGUGCCUCGCCGCAGCCCACAGAAAAGUGCGCCUGAGCCGAAAGCGCUCUCGCUCUGAGAGUGACCGUGAGAUGCUCCAACCUUUGCCCAUCACCAGCCUCAUCCAGGGGCCAUCGGUAGCGGCCACAGCUCCGUCGAAAACAGCAUCUGAACUGAAAGCACCCUCCCCGCCGGUUGUCGUGGUCACUAAUGGAUGCGUUUUGAAGGUCAACAAGGCCGUGCUGGAUUCAACUAAAAAUAUCCAGAUAAACACAGACCUGGCUAAUAAGAAGGUUCAGGUCAAGUCUAAAGUGGCCGUCCCGAAAGCGAAGGGCAAGCCGAAGGACAGACUGCUCUCGGCUAGCGUGUUGCCAGGCCAGCCUCCCAAAGUCGUAUACAAAAAGACGCAAGAGAAAAAAGGCUGCAAGUGUGGACGAGCCACCCAGAAUCCAAGUGUUCUUACCUGCAGGGGUCAAAGGUGCCCCUGCUACUCCAACCGUAAGGCCUGUUUGGACUGCAUCUGCAGGGGCUGCCAGAACUCGUACAUGGCCAACGGGGAGAAGAAGCUGGAGGCUUUUGCCGUGCCUGAAAAAGCCCUGGAGCAGACCAGGCUCACUCUCGGCAUCAACCUCACCAGUAUUUCGGUCAGAAACACUGGCACGAACGCUGCUGGGGUCCUCAGCCUGUCCGCGGGCUCGCCCAUGGCCUCUUUUCUCACGUCCAGCGCCGAUGAGGACCAGAGUUUUGAAGAUGCUCUCGAGAUGCAUUUUGACUGUUGAUAGCUGUCCUGCUACUGAUAUCUCUCACAUAGUGGUUGAUUCGAAACAGAAGUUGUUUGCCAAAACUCUUGUCCUGUGGUUUUUCAUGUUCAACAUCAACCACACACACACACUGCUGUAAUAGAAAGUUACUGUGAAGCUGAGCUUUAUGGCAUAUUUUGUUUUUAUUUUGAAGGACCUGUAUGCUUCUGCAUGACUGUUGUAGUCACAAUGAACUAAGGAUCUGAUAAACAUCUGCUUUUUUUUUUUUCUUUAAAUGUUCGAUGACCCAAACCUUAAAAUGAAUUCCACAGGUAUUUGUGAUACAUUUGUCUGCUAACACGUGUGGCUCAUUAUAAACUCUCCCAAAGCUAUUCAAUGAUUAACAUUUGUUUACAUUCUGUGGUGACUUUUUUUUUUUCAAAUAUAUAAAUAUAAAUAUGAAUAUAUUGCAUCUAAACAUUCAUUGAAGGUAAAAUUAUACACCGCUAUCUGUAAUGUAAAAUAAUUUACUUAUGGUGGAAAAUGUAGCACUUAGUCCCAAUAGUGUUAAUGGAUUUAGACACCAGUUCCUGUGUCAUUUUGACUCUCAUUUAUAGGACCUUCAGGAUAUUGAAUUAUUUAAUUUUUUUUGUUCUGUAGAUGGUUCCUUAUUUUUUUGAACAGGAUGUAGUAGUGCUACGUCACUUUUUAUUCGUCAUGUUCGAGCUUUGAAAGAAAGAUGUUGAAAUUCCACGUUUGCCAGCGGUUUUAUAAAGAUGAUGAAGCACAAAUAUGUCGUGACAGAAAUGUUCCUCCAAUUUUGAGAGUUGCUGAUUCAUUUUAUGCUCACUAUUGUUCAUUGUUAGUUAAGACAGAGCUGGCUGUGUCAUCAGUAAAAUAUCUACAAAGAUUACUGAAACAAGUGAAUGCAAGAGUGUUCAGUGUGUUAACCUGAGAAUGUAUUAAUGGCAGUGAUAUUUUAAAAGCAAUAUGAGAAUCAAAAUGAGAGACAACCAUCUUAUAACCCCUUUCCGCACUCGAAGGCAUCAUAUUUGUUUUGAUGCAAUCUGUAAACGAGUAUUUCAAAAUGUUCUGUUGUUUUAAAUGUAUGCCUGAGCACCUUUUAGCACCCAUUGAUGCCUCUUUACUCUGUUCCUGAUUAGCUGUGUUUGUCUUGCAGUUGUGUUGUGAUUCCUGUUUUAGGGACCAAAACUAGAAGUAUGUGUUGAGAAAGGUCAGUGAACACAUCUUUACUGUUACACUGCACCGUUUCAUGUCUUAUAUAAUGAAGCAGGGUAGGCAGUGCUUCAUCUGUAUCCUUAAAUAUGCUUGAAAACACUAUCAGUAGGGCUUUGACCAAAUAUUGAAAAUCUUCUUAGUUAAGUCUUGGAUCUUAGUUGGAUAUUGUGUUGUAUUUUCAAACCUUAUAGUUUGGUAGCGUCGUUUUAUUCCUCCCUUUUGCUUUUCAAUGGUCAUUACUUGAACUCUCAGAUUUUAGUUUCUUGAUUUUUUUUUUUUUUUUUUAAUUACUGGAGAACCUCUUAUUUUUGCUGGUUUAUUCACUGCCACAAUGAAAUAAUGAAAAUUGCAGAAAGCAACAAAAAUAAAUUAUAGUUUUUUAUUUCUUGUUUUUCAAAA